UCCACUAAAAUCCGUACCAUUACACACUAACAAAACACAAAGCAAACAUUUACACCUAUUGUUUAGGGUUUGACUUGUUUAAUUCCCUCAUAUGAUGAUAUCUAAAAUGAGAACCAAUUUUCACUCACUUCCUCUUCUAUUGUUUGCCCUUUACCUUCUAUGGGGGAAAUGUAGAUCAGAUCCUGAUCCACUUCAAGAUUAUUGUGUUGCCAAUAACAAUAACAAUUUUUUCAUCAAUGGGGUUCCUUGUAUUAACCCUAAAGAAGUUUCGGCAUCCCAUUUUGCCACGUCAGCAUUAUCCAAACCAGGUAACACAAGCAACACAUUUGGCUUUGCAGUUACCCCCACCAACACAGUAAACCUUCCCGGGCUCAACACAUUGGGCCUUGUGUUGGUCCGGGUCGACAUUGAGGCCGACGGGGUAAUUCCACCUCACUCGCACCCGCGGGCCUCGGAAGUCACAACUUGCCUAAAGGGCCAGCUUCUAGUGGGCUUUAUAGACACAUCUGGCCGUGUAUUCACUCAAAACCUAAGGCCCGGUGAGUCAUUUGUGUUCCCAAAGGGCCUGAUUCAUUUCCUUUACAAUAGAGAUUCUAAGGAACCGGUUCUUGCUUUAUCUGGUCUCAAUAGCCAGAACCCUGGUGCACAAGUUGCAUCCGUUGCAACAUUUGCUAGCAAGCCUCCAAUUCUUAAUGCAAUUCUUGCCAAGGCAUUUCAGAUUAGUGCACAAGAAGUAGAAAUAAUACGUCAGAAACUUGAAGGGUGAUUCAUUGUGAGUGUUCAUGAUGUUUGCUGCAGGAUAAUUCAAUCAUGCUUACCAAUAUUAUUUCCUAUUUUGUUAUUGCUAAAUCCCUACGUGUUAAAUAAAUUUUUUGUUCCAGUAAAACCGGUACUUUGUGGUUUUAGUCAUUGUAAUUUUUUUUAUUUUGAUCCUAAUAUUUUUAAGGGUGAGUAACCAGUUUUACAGCCUUUUACUCACUUUUGAAAAUAUUUGGAACGAAGAAAUAAGAAAAUUUAAUAGAGACAAAACUACUAAUCAUUAGUAUUAUUACAUGGAUAAAAUUUUAUUUGAAAUAAGAUUAAAUCAACGUUUGCAACCAUAGGGUAGAUGGGAUCCUAGGGAGAAGGUGGGAUGAUGAUGUUAGAUUUGCAUAUUUAAAACGAAGAGAUAAAGAGACAUACAAACUGUCAUGUUACAUUACUCAAAGUAAAAUCAGGUGGUUGA